CCUAAAAGCAACGACAUAUACUUUUCCGAACUCGAGGUCAUCAAAGCAUAGAGUUAUCUUCUCAGUGUGCGCAUUCGUACACCCGAUCUUACAGGGCAGCUUGAAUGCGCUCCAUGCGCUCAAAAACUUCGAGCGCGCAUUUCAUAGCUCUACCGGGAUGCACCCUCGGGUUCAAAGGUACUUGGGAUGCUGCGACAAGCAUGACCUGGAGGUUAUUGCUGAGGAUUCAGGUGGCUGGAAAUCGUUCAUCUGAGGUUAAUGAAUGGGACCGAAGACGGGACAUGAUCAUGGAGUUGUCAAUACCAGGAUUAUGGCCAAUUUACCUUGUCUUGCAUGCAUGCUCAGCAAGUCAAACUCCAGGGCAUAAAAUAGGCUCUACUAAGGACCAAACGCCCUCGAUAUGAGAAGUUUGGAAGUAAACACUAAUUCGAUGGGUAAACCUUCGAAAGCACAAAUGCCCACAUAUGCUCAGUACCCAAUAAUUACUCAAGC